GGCAGGGACAGCCUUCCACUGUGGAGAGCCCAGGUGUCACCUGCCUCACAGGAAGAUGCUGCGUGGAGGGGGCAGGCCUGGUACAGGUGUGCAUGUGGGUGCAGUGCUAGGAGCGCUGUGGUUUUGCCUCACAGGAGCAAUGGAGGUCCAGGUCCCUGAAGACCCAGUGGUGGCCCUAGUGGGCACCGACACCACCCUGCGCUGCUCCUUCUCCCCUGAGCCUGACUUCAGCCUGGCGCAGCUGAACCUCAUCUGGCAGCUGACAGACACCAAACAGCUGGUACACAGCUUCACCGAGGGCCGGGACCAGGGCAGCGCCUACGCCAACCGCACAGCUCUCUUCCCCGACCUGCUGGCUCAGGGCAACGCGUCCCUGAGGCUGCAGCGCGUGCGCGUGGCGGACGAGGGCAGCUUCACCUGCUUCGUGAGCAUCCGGGACUUCGGCAGUGCCGCGGUCAGCCUGCAGGUGGCGGCCCCGUACUCGAAGCCCAGCAUGACCCUAGAACCCAACAAGGACCUGCGGCCAGGGGACAUCGUGACCAUCACAUGCUCCAGUUACCGGGGCUACCCUGAGGCCGAGGUGUUCUGGCAGGAUGGGCAGGGUGCGCCCUUGACCGGCAACGUGACCACGUCGCAGAUGGCCAACGAACAGGGCUUGUUCGACGGCUUGUUCGACGUGCGCAGCGUCUUGAGGGUGGUGCUGGGCGCCAAUGGCACCUACAGCUGCCUGGUGCGCAACCCCGUGCUGCGGCAGGAUGCACAUGGCUCCGUCACCAUCACAGGGCAACCCAUGACAUUCCCCCCUGAGGCCCUGUGGGUGACUGUCGGACUGUCCAUCUGCCUUGUGGCACUGCUGGUGGCCCUGGCCUUUGUGUGCUGGCGAAAGAUCAAACAGAGCUGUGAGGAGGAGAACGCAGGAGCUGAGGACCAGGAUGGGGAAGGAGAAGGAUCCAAGACAGCCCUGCAGCCUCUGAAACACACUGAAAGCAAAGAAGAUGAUGGUCAAGAAAUAGCCUGACCAUGAGGACCAGGGAGCUGCUGCCCCAUACCAGGGGCUCCUGACCACUGGCUGCACUUGGGCCUCAGUGUGAGCCCUGUCCCCAGCAGCUGGGUCCCACUCUGGCAAGUGUGCAGGUUCUCCAAGGGACAUGACACAUAGACCACCCUGCCAUCUUACUUCUCAACGGACGUGAUUCCCAAA